AUUAAACUUCAACAGUUUUUAUACUUUUUUUUUUGGUUUAUUUUCAAUACAAGCAGUAUCGACUGUAUCCCUAGGUAUUGGAUCAAAUUGUCUAUCCUGGCCGGCUUCACUGUGGAUGUCUCACUCCGACCGCGCUGUAUAAUUGGGCUAACGUGUUCGGCGGGCGUAAUUCAUUGUGUUUAUAUGCUCUCACCCUGGCUAAGCUGGGAUUGUUGAAAACUGAAAAGAUUUAAUUUAUUUCGAGUGCGAGCGAAGGAGACUCCACUUCCCACUGGAAUUGGACUUGGGUUUGAUGCGCUGGUUCCGAUUCGCUUUCCAAUUGCAUUUAUUCAAACGUUUCAAUUGCUUUCCGUCGGAUUCAAUCUUCGAGUGAUUUAUUGUGUUGCCUAGAAUGCGAAGAAGGAUGAGGUGGAUGAGUGGGUGUUGGCCUCUGGGACUCGGGGCUUGGGGAGGGGAGUCGUGAUUGCGUUUGCCUAGGCAUAACAAUUAUCUACUGUUUAUGUAAACGGAAUCAAUAAUUAAGUUGUGACGAAGCCCCGAAUUAGACGCAUUAUAAUAGCGAAACCAUACAUUAGCCGUAAACAGUUCUAUAAUUAUGGCAUUACUUGGCAUAACAAAUGCUGCGUGCUCCUUGAUCAAGAGUCUAUAAAGGAACUCCAGCUGGGGCUUGUUCGAUUAGUUCAGCGUUGGAAAAUGAAGUUCAUGAAGUACGCAGUUUUCUUUUACACAUCGGUGGGCAUUGAGCCCUACACGGUGGCCUCUCGGCCCAGGAAAAUCAGUCUCUGGUCGCACCUAAUAUUCUGGACCAAUGUGCUAAACCUGAGUUGGAUUGUUCUUGGCGAGUUCCUGUACCUCUGUGUGGCCCUCUCCGACGGCAAGUUUAUCGAAGCGGUGACUGUGAUGUCCUAUAUAGGGUUUGUGUUCGUGGGCAUGAGCAAGAUGUUCUUCAUAUGGUGGAAGAAACCAGACCUCAGCAAUUUGGUCAAGGACUUGGAGCUGAUAUAUCCGGAGGGCAGGGCUCAAGAGAAGGCUUAUAGGUUGGAUCGCUACCUGCGGUCUUGUUCCCGGAUUAGCAUCACCUACGCCCUGCUCUACUCUGUGCUCAUCUGGACCUUCAACCUGUUCAGCAUCAUGCAAUACCUCGUCUACGAAAAGUGGCUCAAGAUCCGAGUGGUGGGUCAGACAUUGCCGUAUCUGAUGUAUUUUCCCUGGAAUUGGGAGGGGAAGUGGUCGUACUAUGUGCUGCUAGUUCUGCAAAACUUUGCGGGACACACUUCGGCAGCGGGACAGAUCUCCACGGAUCUUCUACUCUGUGCGGUGGCCACCCAGGUGGUCAUGCACUUCGAUCACCUGGCCAGGACUGUGGAGAACCACGAGUUGAGUGGGGAUUGGUUCGAAAACUCUAGGUUUCUGGCGAAAACUGUCCACUAUCACCAGCGCAUUCUUCGUCUGAUGGACGUGCUCAACGACAUAUUUGGGGUGCCCCUUCUGCUCAACUUCAUGGUCUCCACAUUCGUCAUCUGCUUUGUGGGAUUCCAGAUGACAGUGGGUGUCCCGCCGGAUAUCAUGAUUAAGCUCUCGCUCUUCCUGUUCUCCUCCAUGAGUCAGGUUUACUUGAUAUGUCACUACGGGCAGUUGGUCGCCGAUGCGAGCUCUGGCCUGUCACUCGCUGCCUAUAAACAGAACUGGCACAGGGCUGAUGUCCGCUAUCGCCGAGCUCUGGUAUUCUUUAUAGCUCGACCUCAAAGGACAACGUAUCUGAGGGCCACAAUCUUCAUGACCAUAACAAGGGCCACUAUGACUGACCUUCUUCAGAUAUCCUACAAGUUCUUUGCUUUGCUGCGUACCAUGUAUAUUAAAUAAAUAGUUUGAAAUGGGUUACGUUCAAUAAAAGAGCC